GUUAUAAUUACUGUAUCUCCCGUGUUAGUCUCCUAGAGUAUUCUGUUUGUAUGGCUGUGCGUGUCAUGUUGUUAUACUGAUGAACUAGAAAAAUUAUCAGUGCAUAAAGUGUGAAAAGUUUCUUGGCUUUGUCUAGAAUAAUACUGUUAACUAAGGACUCGGUUUCUUUCCGAAUAUAUAAGUAGAGAAAAUAUUUGAGGCAGUAAAUGGUAUUAAUGUCCGCCUAGACCUGGCAAGCUUCCCUGCGGCUCUAUACAAGGGAUGAGAAACGGAACAAAAUAUGAAAGAAAUGUUUACUGUGUCGUGAUUAUAUAUAUCUGAGAGUGAAGAGUAUUCAGUUUAUUGAUAAUGACUAAAAAUUCAAUACCUAGGAAGAUCUUUUGAUUUAAAAUUAAGUCAUAAAAUGGAGAUAUUGAGUGUGACCAGAGUGAAGAAUGCGGGGAACUGAAGCGGUCAGCAUCCAGGACGUUGAGAGGAGGCUGAAAAUGUCGGAGAUUAUGUAGAGGCGGAGUGUACCAUGAAGAACAAGACCGAGGUAUCAAGCACGGAUGUGUGUGUCAGGAUGAGUAAGGCAGGGUUGGAGGGGGGAGGGUUGGGCAUCAUGGAGAAGCGGCCCCCCUCUCCCCACUCUCCCCCUCUCUCACCUCCCACGAGUGCUACCACCCCUCCCUCACAGACAAAAAUUAAGUGUGAGAGUCCAGUCCCUUUACUGAGCAGUCACACACCAUCCCCCCGACCAUUGGUGUCACCCCCCAACACAGGCCCUGGGGCAGAAGUGAAGGGAAAGCCUGGGACUCCUAUACCCAGUGGCAGCACCAAGACUGUGUUGCCUCGACCAGGUAGUGCCAGUGGGGAUGAGGCCAAAGUCAGUGUCACCACGGGAAGCUCACCAACCACAACUGGGGGAAGACUAACAUUCUUCAAAGAGGGUAAAUUUUUGCUGGAGUUGUCACAUCGGACAGACAUGGGGGCUCCUGCUGGUUGGGUUCCAGUAAAGAGCAAGACCUACUGGCCACCCCCAUCAUCUGCCACAACCACCACCACCCAACACCCACUGCGUCAUGAUACUCCCACUUCGCAAUCUGGUGUGUAUGGCAAUGCAGGUAUUGAAGUUAUGAUCCGUGUGAUAGUUUCAGAUGACUGUUCAUCUCUGAAUUCUUCUCCAUGGACUGGUGAGCACUUAAGGAAGCAGUUAACACCUCGGCGUAAUAAAGCAUUUGUAUUGCAGCAGGUCUCCUUUCAUUGGCAUGCACUGCCUCUUACACGAGAUAUUAGGAAAAGAGUGCGACUUAGACGAAAUCCCUUCACGUACAUUAAUGGUCCAGUUGGUUGCUGGAACCCUUCUGAGAAUGCGCAAGUAUCACGUAGGACAAUUAAAUCUGAAAGUUAUGAGAGUGCCCUCGAGGAAAGAAAACAUAAACUAGAGACAAGGAUUCUGGUAUUGGUAUCAAAACUUGGUUUAAAGGUGGACCCUGAAACUUCUAUUCAAGCACUUUUUGAAAAACCGGUAGCAAGUGCUGAAGCUGUCGACCCAACUUUUGUUUCUCCAAGAAAACGUUAUCUUCGACAAAUGGAAUCGGAUCAAGAAUCUAUACAUCGUAAAAAGCUGCAUUCGGGAGCUAAUAGUGUGUCUCAUGUCCCAGGGGAGAACUUGUCUUCAUCCUCUUCCUCGACACAGCCUCGUCCUCCACCCAACAGAAGUGCCAUUAAUUCACUGACAUCCUCAGUGUAUAGUAUUGAAUCUAUUUUGAAUAAUGAAACUGCCAAUAGAAAGAAUGAUUCCUUCCUUAGAACUUUAUUAAAACCUGAACCAAAACCCAGUGGUACCCAGUCUAAAUCUAGUGUAGUAAGAGACCGUGUUAACAAUGAAGUGUUAGCAAGUACAUUUAAGGUAGAAAGACAAGAACGGACAGAUAGAGGAGCUGCUGACAGGUUGGAGCAGCUAAGUGCAGGUCAAAUAGAAAGAACAGACUCUCUAGUUGAUCUCAACAGACUCUCAACUGAACGGUAUGACUUCUCACGUUAUGGACCAAUGGCAAGUUUGUAUAGUCUUCAUCCAUAUUUGGAUCCUCGGUACAUGAUGCUGCAGUCUUUGGCUCCUGGAUUAGUCUCACCUAUAUCUUCUCAGCAUACAGAGAUGGCACAGGCUGUUGCUGCUGCAACUGCUGCAGCUGCAGCUGCUGCUGCAGCAGGGUUAGGCACUUAUCCAUUAGGACACUUUCAUCCUUCUCUGACUGGGUCACAGUACCCACAUCUCUCUGGGAGCUUAUCAAGUGGAUACACGCCACCAACAUCCAUAGCAGCCCAACUUCUUCGACCCCAAGCUCAGUCUUCACGAUCUUCACCACAUGCCAUGUCCCACAGCCCCAGCCCAAAGCCUCAUAUCCCAAACACCCCAGCAUCCCCUCACCUGAGCAGGGGUGCCAGCCCUCGUGGGGCUUCAUCACCAUGGCAGCCACAUCCAUCUGUGCACCCUCACUCACCACACAGACCAUUAUCCUCACCACUACCAUCACCACCACCACAAGAUGCACCACUUAACUUAUCCAAACCAAGAAAUCACAUGGAGAAGUAAGAACAGAAGGGACCAUUUGUCUGUUGAAGGAUUUAUAUGUAAGAGAUGGGAUGGUCAAGUGGAUGUUUUUAGCAAGUAUGUACGGGUGCAGUGACAGAAUUACCCAACAGAUGGGAUGGGAAGGAUUUUAGUGAGUUCUGGUGAGUAGUCAUAUGCUAUGUAAGGUCAAGAGAAUUUAGAGUGUCUUACCAAGCUGUGUGUGCUUAUAUGUCGUAGGAUAUUGAUACACUUUGUGAACUUUUACAGGAGAUUCACAACCAAUUGCCAAUUGAAAGCUUGAUAGAUAUUUUUGAAAAUGGAUAAUUCCCAUUUUCUCUUCUCUUAGUACAAUAUUAUGUAUAAAAGAUUUAACUGAGGAUUACCACUGUGUAAAUAUGUGCCUCUUGUAGGUGUAAAUUUUAGAAUUGCAAUAUUACAUAUUUAUCCACAAGGAAACUUGACAAAUGGCUUAUAAAUCGAUGCAAGAACAGUCUGAAGAAGGUUAAAUUGUUAGCUAGCUGCAGUAUUAGUCAUUGAAUGUGGCUUGCAGAGCACAUGAGAAAUUGAUAAAACAUUUUAAGUUACUCAUUUUAUGCUUUAAGGAGACAAUAACAUACUGUAUCAUAUAAUUAUGAAUAAACCAGAUUAUCAAGGUCCAUCUGUGUGAACAUUUUGGUUUAUUCAUAAAUAUAGUACAUUGGCUGUUUUGAUUAAUGCCAGUAGGAGAGUGAUGAGCUUUUCCUUCUGUAUUAAUCCCUCAUACCAUUUUUCUUGGCCUACAGCUGUCCAUAAGCUGCAGGUUGUUCUCAGACUAUAAGCUCUUGUGAGCGUUCAAAAGUCCUUUUCCUUCAUGUGUCAGUUACCUGGGGGUCUUGUUUUUAACCCUCUCGCGCAUCAUGACAUGAAUCGCGUUAAAUCAUUUGGUAUCACUAUUUGCAUCAGUGAUGCAAAUCAAGUCAGUAAACUUUAAAAAUUUGCCUAAAAUGUUAUCAAGAUAAAAAUGCCAAAUUUUUGUGCAUCAUAGAUGACUCCAUGAUCUUGCAAAGGAAGCUUCCAGAAAGUACCAAAUGUGGGUGGAGUUUCGCUGUCCAUCACUUAACUCCUGUCAUCCGUGCUGGAAGGACACAGUUGUCUCUUUAUCCCCUCUCCCACCCUCCUCACAAUUAGUCGUAUCAAAAUUCCAAAGCCACCGUUGGAAAGCUAAUAACAUUUCCCAUCCAUAACUACAGUGUAUAUAAUGCCUUGGUGGGUUUGUAAGAAAACAUUCGAGAUAUGAUGCUGGGAACACAUUUUUUUCUACUUAUGUUGAAGCCAAAACAACAAUGAAGUCAGUGAUGUAUAAAUCAUGAGAAAUAAAAUCUUGUGGCAUAAAUUGGCUACAGAACUAAGAUGCCCAGACCUCCCGUUAGUGGUCCCAUAUGACUUUUGUUGUGGUCACGGAAACUUAAAAACUGAACAUGUGCACGAGAGGGUUAAUAUUCAGUUUUCAUUUUCUGUAAUAUAUUUUGGCAUAUAGGGCUGACUUCACAAUCAUAGCAUCAUUGAAUCAUGAAUUAAAGUUUCAUUAUGGUUUAGUCAGUGUUGCUGUUUGAGGAAGGCAAUGUACUGAUGAUACCUAAUUAAAGUCUCUAUAAUUCAUUUAACAUGCAAAGUCAUACCUUAGCAAGGAAAUUAAUCAAAUUCAUCCAGUUACUUGUGUGCAGCAAUUCAAAGUAAUUUUUUUAUUCUUUCUUUUGCAUGAAAUGUUUAUUUUGAAGAAAACCUGGUGAAUGCCUGUGAGUAAAUGGUCCCUCUCCCUAUUGUGGUCAGUCAAUGCUCAUCACAUUUGAACAUUUCAAACUUUUGGCUUUCAUGAAUGAUUGUCGUGUGUGUGUGUGUGUGUGUGCACACGUAUGUGAGCAAAUUAUAUUCCAACCUUUUAUGGAGUUAUCAGUUGAUAUGAAAAUUAUAUAUGUGCUAUUUGCAAGUUGCUGCUUUCAGGAAGUGAAUUGUAAGCAUUCUUAUAAAGUACAGUACAGUACAUAAUACAUCUGUCAUUAUAAUUAACAGCACCAGUGUGCACUAUGUAAUCUUUUAUCAUAAAAUUAUGUGAGAUUGUGUAAAUGAGAUGGAUAACAAAUGAGUACUGUACUCAGCUUGAUCUCAGAAAGAUAUACUUCAGGAAGUAGAUAAUCUUUGAAUGUCAUAUUAUGUGCUUUGCCAAAUUCUGAGUCUUUUUUUCCCCAGCCAGCAUAUUGAGAGUUAUAUUAUAAAGAAAUUAUGGCUCUCUGAUGUUAUUUUCUACCUCAAAAUAUUGUGUCCGGGUAAGGAACAAAGCUUGAGUGGUGCUUUGUGUCAUGGAGGUUAUUUCUUUGCAUUUAUUGCUCCAUAUACUGUACACACUGGCUUCUAAUAAGAAAGAGCACCUUGGCUUAACUAAGUUUUAAAGGUAUCCUAAUGCCCAUAAGCUGCAGUGUUUAGCAGCCAAAACACCUAUGAAGUAUUUACUUCUUUACAUUUAUUGUGAACACAUGUGUCCAGGUGUCUGAGUUAGUGUGGCCUUAUAAAUAAAACAUUUAUUUUAAGUGUGCCUUUCUCGGUAUUUUUAAAUGCUGCCAGAAUAUACUUUUAUGUGGAACUUCCCAAACAGUGUCUUUAUAUACAUAAAAGAACAGUAUUCUAUUUUACUACACUCUUAAGGUAAAAUGAGAAUGGAAUGCUCAUUCUUGGUGUAAAUUUUACAGCCAGUGUACUGUCUUGCCUUCUUUCUAAGUGUUCGUAAUGAAACAGUAACAGCCAGCUUUUGAUUAUAGUCCCAAUACAUUGUUGAUGAUUUCCUUCAUAGAACUUUACUGGUGAAUGUGUGCAACAUACUCUUGAUACUUAACAUGAUAUAAUAUUACCAAUCUGUAUUUAUACAGCUGUUUCCUAUAUAUAACUUGUUACCUUUGGAUAACUCCCUGCAAGCAUUUUGAUUACCUUAUAUAUCACAUUAAUAAUUCUUACAUGAUAAUAACUGUACUGUACAGCUAUGUAUUUACAACUCAGAGUCCACUUUCCACGACAUGCAUUUUUACAUAUGUCUAUACUACAUUAUUUUUGCAAUUUAAAGUUUAUCACUACUGAACCAGCUAUUGUUUUCUCAGCACCACAUGCAUCCUUGUACGUUAUUGUCCUUUAGCUAAUAAUCACACUCGCAGAUUCCAUCCUAAUAGUCAUUAUACCAACUUACGGUGAUUUGGUUACCCAAGUUGAGAAAUUAUUUGGGUGAAGAUUUUUCCUGCCCCAUUCCAUUGUCAUAUUUUAUUAUAGCACUCAUAGUAAAGAUACAUUGACAUACUGAAUUUUAUCAGAGUAACUCCUAGACCCAUUCUAAGAAGGUUAGUUGUGUAGACUUGUACUUACAUUGACUGAGAGAACAUGUUAAUAAUCCCAUCCUGACACAGUAUAUGGCCAGUUCACGAUCUCAUGUUUAUUUACAUUAAAAGUGGUUCUCUCUUAGCACCAUGGUUAGUGUGGAUACCUUAAGCGUGCAUGUGUCUUGUGCAAUCACAUUUUCUGUACUGUACUUUAUCCUUGAUCUUUACUCCUACUCUCAUUAUCUUCCUGUCGUAUGAUAAUUUUUAUAAGUAAAAUAACUACAGUACUUGUAUUUGAUUGAUAAAGAUUUAUAAUUGAGAAGAAAUAUUUUGAUGUUAAUGAGAAAUUAUAUAACCACGCUUAAAGUAACUUGACCCACCCAGAAAAUUGUGGCCACCCCAAAUAAUUUUAUCUGCAACUUCAAGAAUCGUCAGCUUGGUUACCGCCCACCCCACUGUAUGUUGCUGCUGAAGCACUUGUGGAGCCAUGGAGUACCACCACAUAGCAUUUAUUAACAUAGGAAAAUAUUGAUGGUGAAAAGGGCACGUGAAAAUCAAUCUAUCUGGGCCUGUAAUCAAGAUAGUGGUUGGGGUGUGAAUCCGACUUACCCUAUAUUUAAGUUUUAUUCUUCAUGUUGUUGCUUUUAGUUUUGACGUAAAAAUCCGUUGAAAAGAUCUGGCAACCCUUCAACCCCACUGGUGCUGAUGUGUAUAGCUAAGGCAGAGGAACUAAUGCUUUUGUUAAUGAGUGGGAGGGUAGGGAUUGGAAGUACUAAAGAGGAGGGGGGGAGGGCAUUAUUGAGUGCUGGGCAUGACUUCAGCGGAGGGAAAGCCUCAAUAUUUUGCAUUGCAGUCAGAAGCACAGUAAUUAAGAAGAAGAUUUUUUUUUAUUAUAAUUACAUUUAAAAAAAAAUAGUUUGGACAGCUUAUAUGAUAUUGAUCUAUUUAGGAAUUAAACAAUACAAAUUAAAGCCAAUAACCUAAAAAAAAAGACACUUUAGGUCAGUAUAUUAUUAAAGUUAAGCAUUCGCCCCCAGUGAGAUUGAUCAGUAGGUGAGUGCACUUACCCAGAUGAUCCAUGACCCUUGACUCCUCCAGUUUGGUGCUACAGUAAAGUAUCUGUCACCAAA